CUCACCCGCCGUGAACGACGGGACGUACGGGAGAGACUCCGGUAGCUUGGAAAGUAGGGAAUCUCUAUAAGAACGCUGGUUUCAUCCUUAAGGCCAAAGUAGCUCAACUCAAGGAGCACGCCUGUUUCAUCAAAUAUGGCUUCAGUUAUACUAGGAAUCCUUCUAAUACUCGUUCCACUUCCCCUUUCCGCCAAAGCUCAGACCCACGGCAACUUGACCCUGGGCUCCUCGUUGACGGCGAACGACCAGAACUCUUCCUGGCUCUCGCCGUCGGGUGAGUUCGCCUUCGGGUUCCGGAGAAUGGGAAGAGGAGCUCAUUUGUUGGCUAUAUGGUUCGAGAAGAUAGAGGACAAGACCAUUGUCUGGUCGAAGAGCGAUAAUUUAGCGCCAGAAGGCUCGAAGAUCCAGUUGACCACCGGCAGCCGACUGGUGCUAGCCGACCCAAAUGGAGGAGAGUUGUGGUCUCCUAGCCUGACUGUCGCUGGUAUAGCGUAUGCGGCCAUGCUCGACACGGGGAACUUUGUCCUAGUUGGCCAGAACGACGUCAACUUGUGGGAGACGUUCAGCCAACCAACCGACACGAUACUGCCUACGCAACGGUUAGUUAAUGGGACUAAAGUCAACGCUCGCUCCUCCAAAAUGAAUUACUCUGCCGGGAGAUUCAACUUUAAGCUAGGAGAGGACGGAAAUCUCGCAUUCAAUGCCACUCCUGACCCGUUGAAUGACGGGUCAGAUAUCUACUGGCGCAGCAACACCACAGGUAGCGGCUUCCAGUUGAUAUUCCAUCAAAGUGGUCAGGUGUACCUCGCGGCUAAGAAUGGAACACUGCUCAAAGUCAUCACCUCAGACACAGGCCCAACCAGUGAGUUUUACCAAAGAGCGAUCCUUGAAUACGACGGGGUAUUCAGGCAAUAUAUCCACCCUAAGACGGCAAAUUCAAGUUCUGGCUGGCCAAUGCGCUGGUCGAUGGUCUCUUCCCCGGUCCCUUCAAAUAUAUGCAAGAUCGUCCAAAAUAUUGGCAGUGGAGCUUGUGGCCUCAACAGCUAUUGUACUCUUGAAGGAGAUGAUAAGAGGCCUCGAUGCCUCUGCCCACCUGGAUAUACUCUUUUAGAUUCAACGAACGAGAUGAACGGAUGCAUACAGGAAUUCGCACCACAGAAUUGUAAUGGAAGUAGGCGUGAAACAGACCAGUUCGAUUUCCAUGAAAUGUCCACUAUAGACUGGCCACAGUCUGAUUAUGAGCAUAGCGCGGCACUAACCGAGGACCAGUGCAGAGAGGCUUGCUUGGCUGAUUGUUUUUGCGCAGUUGCUAUUUUCAAUCGCGAAACUUGCUGGAAAAAGAAGCUCCCUCUUUCCAAUGGAAGGAUGGAUCCUAGUGAGCCUGGAACAGCUCUGAUUAAGUUCAGGAUAAAUAACUCGACUUCAAAAUUUACGGGAAAUGGAAACAAGAAUUCGACUUUGAUUAUCAUCGGAUCGGUGCUGUUGAGUGGCUCUGUAUUUGUGAACUUGCUUCUACUCCUCAUUACCUAUUUAAUUUAUAGAAGCUUCCGAUCAAGGGAUUCUAAGUUGUCACGACCAAUCCAGAUCAACCAAGCCACAGGUAUGCAGACUUUCACUUAUCAGGAGCUUCAAGAAGCAACAGAUGAAUUCAAAGAAGAACUAGGUAGGGGUGCUUUUGGAGUAGUGUACAAGGGUGUUCUCAGAUCCGAGGAUACAAACUUCGUGGCAAUAAAAGCGUUGGCGACAAGGAUUGGAGAAAGCGAAAAGGAGUUCGAAAGAGAAGUAAGUGCAAUUAGCCAAACUAACCACAAGAACUUAGUGCAGUUGCUUGGAUUCUGCAAUGAAGGUCAACACCGGCUACUGGUGUAUGAAUUCAUGAGCAACGGCACUUUGGCGGAUUUCCUAUUUGGCACUUCAAGGCCCAGUUGGUACAAAAGAAUAGAAAUUGCCUGUGGUGUUGCGCAAGGGCUCUCUUACUUGCAUGAUGAUUGCACGAGGCAUAUAAUCCACUGCGACAUCAAGCCACAAAAUAUUCUUCUUGAUGGUUCUCUUGCUGCAAAAAUAUCAGACUUCGGAUUAGCUAAACUCUUGAUGGCGAACCAAACACGAACCACCACUGGUCGAGGAACCAGAGGUUAUUUAGCGCAAUGGUUCAGGAAUAUGCCUAUUUCUAGCAAGGUAGACGUUUACAGCUUUGGCAUCUUGUUGGUCGAGCUCAUCUGCUGUAGAAAGAACUAUGAGCCGGAAGCGGAAAUUGAAGCUCAAAUUGUGCUAGUCGACUGGGCGUAUGACUGCUACCACGAGGGGAGCAUACUUAAGCUAGUGGAGAGCGACGAGGAGGCAUCGAGUGACAUAAAGAGGGUGAAAAGAUUUGUGAUGACAGCAUUGUGGUGCAUCCAAGAAGACCCUGCUUUGAGGCCAACCAUGAAGAAAAUCACUCAAAUGUUGGAAGGAGCUGUUGAAGUCCCAGUACCUCCAGUUCCAAGCUCUUUUAUCAAUUCAAUAUGAUUUUUCUUUUUCAAACAACUGCUGUCUGUAAUCU